AUGAUGCAGUCGCACCUGCCUUCCCCGGCGAGGUUGGGGCUCACAGCCUCGUCGCCGUCGCUCCCGCCCAAUCCGGUCCCCUUGAAUCCCACGUCAUCGCCUCCACACGGCAGUCUGCCCUCGAGUGCAGCCGCUGGCGCCAGCGCGGCCCCAACCCUAACCACCUCGCCGUCGCUGCUACCGCUCCUGCCGCCGCUUCCGCGCGCGCAAUCGCUGCUCCAGCUUAUAUCUUCGCUCGCUUCCAACCUCUUCGAGCUCUCGCCCAACCGCGCCGCGUGGAUCCAAGCGUACCGGGGGUCGUUCCCCACCUUCCUCCCAUCGGCGUCCUCCUCCUCGCCGCCGCUGCCAACCCCGAUCUCCUCCACCAAGGACGCGCUUUCUCUUCUCACCACCCUGCAGACGCAGCUCUUCGAGGCCGUCGCCGAGCUGCAAGAGACCCUCGACCUGCAGGAUGCGCGCGCGCGCCUUGCCCGCGAGGCGCGUGCCAAGGAUGCUGCGCUGCUAGCCUUUGCGAAGAAGCUGCACGAGGCUCACCAAGUACUUGACCGCCUCGUCGACGACUACGCUGACUACCGCCGCGAUCCCAAACGCCCGCGUGGCGCCGCUGCUGCUGACGACCUCGAGCCAGCGUCGGAGGGCGACUUCGGCACGUCCCUCCACUCCGGCCUUAAGCUGGAUGACAUCCUGACCUAUGCGCACCGCAUAAGUUACACAACCUUUGCUCCGCCGGAGCAUGGUGCUGGGCUGCCUCUCCGUGUCAGCCUGCCACCUGUACCACAGGAAAAUCAGAUGAGGGCAUCGCAGCUCUAUCUGUUUGCUGAUUUGGAUGUAGGGGUGCCCAAGAAGCCAUUGGAUGCGAAGGAGGGGAUCGCAGCAGAAGUGGAGGCUGCACCACUGUAUGAACCACCACAGGAGGGGCCAUCGAGGCUACCAAACACCUUGCCACCCAUGUUCCCGAAGGAGCUAAAGCCACCGCCGGGAUGGAAGCCUGGUGACCCGAUCACGCUGCCACCUGACGAGAUAUUACCUGGUAUCAAGGGCGAAGAGCCACAGGCCCCUGUGCCGCAGCCACCUGUUGCAGUGCGACCAGUGGUGCCAAUGGGCCAAGAGCCAAUACAGGUCCAGCCUGUGCAGCUUGAUUUUGAUAGCAGUAGUAGUGAUGAGUACAGUAGUGAUGAUGGGAGCUCAGAAGAAGAUGAUGAGGAUUAA